AUAUUUUUUCGGAUAAGAGAUGAGUGAAAUCUGAUCUCAGGUGUUUCCUGGUAGCAUCUAAGACCGGAUGUCCACCUCCACCUCCAAUACGAUUUAAAUUUUGAUAAUAAUAAUAGUAGUUGUAGUAGUAACAAACGCUUCGUGACUGACAUUGCACCAGAUCGGGAGGAGAGAAUGUUAGUUUACCGGGCAACUUCAAAUCUUUGCAAGUAUGGAUGCUCAGUAGUAUACCCACAACAAAAUCAAAAUCAAAAUCAAGUAGGAGUAGGAGCAAGAAUAAGAGUAGGAGGAGUAAACGGCAGCGGCAUGAACAACAACAGCAACAUAAUUAUGGGUAGUGGCGGAGGCGGAAGAAUAAGGCCCAGGUGCUUUACGAGAGCCGUCAGCAGCAGCGGCAGCAGCCGGGUUAAAAUUGGUUUGGUAACAACAGCAACAGGUGCAGCUGCAGCAGUAGCAAUAAUGUUUUGGGUGGUGGUGGGCGGUACAAAUACAAAUGCAGUUGAACAAAUACAAGCAGCGGAGACUCUAUCAGACAUACCGCAGAUGCUAUCAGGGGAUUGCUCUUCUUCUCCGCAGGACUGCAAGAAGGCUAAGAUUCAACGACCCAAGUCAAGGAAAGCGGAGUCCUGCACCAUCAAGUGCGUCACCACUUGCAUCCGAGGGGGGGUUGGCUCCCCUGGUGAAGGCCCUCUUAACGUCAGAAGACCUCUAGUGGUUUUCAAGCAGGGGUUCCGAAGUCGUCAAUACUGUCUGGUAGAGUGUUCUGAUAUUUGUAAUUUGAUCGGCGAUGGUGAUGAUGGACCUUAACUCCUAUUUUAAUUUGUUAUCUAAAUUUUAGCAUCUUCGUUAGUGUUUAUUGUAUUCUACAUUUGGGAAAGGAUGUGAGGGUGAAGUCAUGAGAAUUUGAAGGAGAAGUAAUGAUCAAAUUUUCACUUACAAAUAUGUACA